AUGUCUUCUGAACAACAACCCGCCGCCGCUGCUGCCCCUGCAAAGGACGCCGCGGCCGCAAAGCAGAGCAAACACGGACAUUCUACUUCCCAGGCCCAAUCGGCACCACGCAAGGUCCGCUUCAACGUCGAUUUCGAUCCGGAGGCUGAUCGUCUCUUGUUCACUCUGCUUCUCCUUCUAUAUGAUGAUUUGGACCCGCUUGUACUCGAUGUUGUCGGCGAAGGCGCAUAUGGUAUCGUAUGCUCUGCUGUUCAUCGUCCGACCGGUCGCAAGGUCGCGAUCAAGAAGAUUGCGCCGUUUGAACAUUCAAUGUUCUGCCUCCGGACGCUCCGUGAGCUCAAGCUCCUCAAAUUCCUCUCAGAGGCCGGUGUGAGCGAAAAUAUCAUUUCCAUCUUGGACAUUAUCAAGCCCGCGUCGAUCGAGGCCUUUAAAGAGGUUUACCUCAUCCAAGAACUGAUGGAGACGGACAUGCACCGUGUCAUUCGCACUCAAGAUCUCUCCGACGACCACGCACAGUAUUUCAUCUACCAGACUCUGCGCGCCCUCAAAGCGUUGCACAGCGCCGAUGUCAUUCACCGUGAUUUGAAGCCGUCCAACUUGCUCCUCAACGCCAAUUGUGACUUGAAAGUGUGCGAUUUCGGUCUCGCGCGCAGCGUCAAGACGGCGGAACCCAGCGGUACCGAGACGGGCUUCAUGACCGAAUACGUCGCCACUCGAUGGUACCGUGCGCCGGAGAUUAUGCUUACUUUCAAGCAAUACACCAAGGCUAUCGACGUCUGGUCGGUAGGGUGCAUCCUCGCCGAAAUGUUGUCCGGCAAGCCACUCUUCCCUGGACGAGACUAUCACCACCAGCUCACGCUCAUUUUGGACGUGCUCGGUACGCCGACACUCGACGAAUUUUAUGCCAUUACCACCCGACGAAGUCGAGAUUAUAUCCGCGCUUUGCCGUUCCGGAAAAAGCGACCAUUUGCCACCUUGUUCCCUAACGCGAGCCCGAUGGCGGUCGAUUUCUUGACGAAGACACUUACGUUUGAUCCGAAGAAGCGGAUCAGCGUGGAGGAUGCGCUUGCGCACCCAUAUCUCGAGGCGUACCAUGAUCCCGACGACGAACCCGUGGCACCGCCGCUCGAUCCCGAGUUUUUCGAGUUUGAUUUGCACAAGGACGAUAUUUCUAGGGAGCAGCUCAAGGAGCUGUUGUACGAGGAGAUCAUGUCGUUCCGACCGCAGAUCUAG